AUGCAAGACUUAAGAAUCCCAAACUUCUCAAUACAAGUUACUUGUCCUGAACGUAACUACCAUCCUAUUUGCUAUACACUACCACUUGUCCUGAAUCUAAAAAAAAAUACAAGAAAGAGACAAAUGCUUCCUGUCUUAUUUCAAUUAGUUUCGGUUAGUGAUUCUAAACAAGAGUAG